AUGCAGCAAUUUGAUUUUGUUACCGAUUUAUAUAUUCUAGACUUGACGCAUGAAUAUGUAAUUCGGAUCGGUGAAUCUUAUAACAUGUUACAGAAUUUUCUAAAUUUCGAAAAAAUUCCAAAAUUGCGAACACUUAAAGUGAAGCAUAUGUUUGUAACAGAUGAAUUCUUAGAGAAAGUGAGUAACAUGAAACUGCAAAGUCUGAUGUUUAUUGGAUGUACUUUUCUCAUUUCCAAGGAUACUGUGCAAACUGUGCAACAAUGUAAACAAAUUGAGGUGACUUUUGGAGAAUCAUAUGAGAAUAUCUGUUUCAAUAGGUGCGGGAGGUUUUAUACUCAUAUAUCGCCUCCGGCACAUAAACAAAUGAUAAAAAUCCAAGUCAAUAUAAAUAAGUGCGUAAAAUUACGCAAUCUGGCGGUAAACAUGGGUGAAUAUGCGAAUGUUAUGCCUAGUGACCAAAUAGUAGGUGGUCUACGGUAUUUAACAUUAGGUAAGAUGAACUGCGAUCGGCUGCUCUCGUCUUUUCGGUGUUAUGGUACUACACCAGAAUAUUUAUCAAUUGACAUUUUUGAUCUAAAGCUCGCUGUCAGUUUUUUAAAGGAAAUUAACCGAAAUGAACUUAAGCAUUUAGUAUUAAUUUGUGUUACGCAUGGACAUUCUCUGAAAACUUGUGAUGCUUCUAAUUUAUUGAACCUAGACUUUGCCGCCCUUAAAGUUUUAGAAAUUGAUGCUGGCGGUAUAUAUAAUAAGCUAAGUAGUGGGUCAACCAGUGAAAUACAAAUGCGAAAGUUGGAAACACUAAUAAUCCGGCACUUGUAUUUAGAUGAAAAACUCUUGAAAAUGAUAACUGAGCUGGAAAUGUUGAAACAUCUUGAAAUUUGUAUUGCGAAUCGGUAUUUUGGUCCAAGAAUUCUACAUAGACAACUAAGCAAUUUGAAAGGUCCAAUAGAAAAACUCCUUGUUAGUUCUGAGUUGACCAUUUAUGAACUGGUGAGGUCGAUAGAACCUUUAAAAAUGCUAAAAGAAUUUCGCAUAGAUGGUAGAUCCAUUCAGUCAUCAUUUGAUAGCCUCGCCAAUCAAAAUUAUGAUAAAUGCCAACCUGCAAAAGUUGACGCAAAUGAACAGAAUUUGAUGGAGAGUAAGAAUGUGGUGCAUCUUAAACUUCACACUCUUCAUGUUAGCGUAGAUUCAACUUAUGAAGAACUAAUCAAACUUAUGUUGUGUCAAGAUUUUGAAGCUUUCGCUGACAUUAAGAAACUGGUGAUUGAUGUAAUAGCAAUACUUUCAAAAGACAAUCAGGUGUCGUCUGAAAGUUCGCCAGAACUGCUAAAUAACUUGAUCAAAAAUAUUUUUGAGACGUUCAAACAGCUUGAUGUACUUGUGUUCUGUUAUAAGAGUUUUCACAUUUCUGAAGAAGAGGCGCAUAUUCUCCGUGAGUUUUUUUCGUCGAGAUGUAAAUCUCUUAAGGAACGAUGCGAGUGGUCAGAUGAGUGCAAUGAAGAACAAACCAUUUUCGAGCUUUAUAAGUAA